UAUAAAACCCCUACACCAACGGUCGAAUUGCAUCGAACUCCGCUCCUCAGAGAUACGGAGAGGAGGAAGAAGCACAGAUCCUUAUCCUCCACACCCAAAAAUGACAAGAAAGAGAAAACCCCAAAAAAAUCCUCCUCAAGAAAUAGUAGAAGAAGGAGAAGCAGCAGAGAAGGGGAAAAAUGGGUUCUUCGCUUGCUAUCUCUUGACUUCUCUUUGCCCCAGAUUCAAAGGCCAUACCUAUAUCGGAUUUACAGUGAAUCCGCGGCGGAGAAUUAGGCAACAUAAUGGUGAGCUUAGAAGUGGAGCAUGCAGGACUAAGAAAAGAAGGCCAUGGGAAAUGGUUAUCUGCGUUUAUGGUUUCCCAACUAAUGUUGCUGCUUUGCAGUUUGAAUGGGCAUGGCAGCACCCAACAGAGUCAGUGGCUGUCAGGCAGGCAGCUGCCGCAUUUAAAUCCUUCUCGGGAGUUGCCAACAAGAUUAAACUUGCUUACACAAUGCUUAACCUCCCGUCUUGGCAGAGCUUGAACAUCACAGUAAACUAUUUCUCAACGAAAUACAAAGUGCAUUCUGCUGGUUGUCCAAGCUUGCCAAAGAACAUGAAGGUCCAAAUUUGCCCCAUGAAUGAGCUUCCCUGCUAUUCUGAUUUUGUUGAUAAUUUGUUUGAAGAGAGAGAUGAUGAAGAUGCCUGGGAUGGUGAAGAGGAAUAUGAGAGAGCUAGUGAUGGAAGUGGAAUGGUUGAUGCAAACUUGGUGGAGCUGGAUGAUUCCUCCAUGGAUAAGGUUCCAUGCUAUAAUGGAAGGGAGGAGAUUAUCUUUGAAGGUGAAUAUGGUGAAACAGAAGAUAGGGAAGCUUGUAACAGCAGUGGACCUGUAAACAAAACAUUUAACGAAUCUGGUAACACAUGUGGAACUGUAAAAGAAACAAAUGCAGAUGCUACAGAUUGUGCACAUAGCAUUGAAAAGACUUCUGACGAGCAAAUCAAAUGGUUUGAAGAAUAUGAACAGCAAGACCAAAGGGAGCCAUCCUCUCCAGAGCUAGGUCGUGCACAGCCUUUUCAUUUCAUGAAUUCACUAGCGAGAAAAGCAUUUUCGAUGAACACACUAGCGAGAAAAUCAACUUCAAUUGUCACUACUUUUUCUAUUAGCGAGACUGAAGAUAAGGAUGUAUUGACAUUGAUUGAUGAGAAUGUUUCUGAAUUGGAUUUGAAGAGGGGGAAGGAAUUAGUUACCGACAAAGAUGUUGAAGCUACUUAUACAAGUGGAGCUGUAGAAACAUGUGUGGAUGCUCAUACUUCUGCAGAUUAUCCACAUAGCAUUAACAAGACUUCUCACGAACAAUUUGGAUGGUCUGAACCAUAUGGCAUGCAAGACCAAAGAGAUCCACCCUCUCCAGAACCAGAUCAAGCCCAACCAUUUGGUUUCAUGAAUCAGCCAGCAAGGCAAGCAUCUUCAAUUGUUACAGACUUUUCUGUGAGAGAGACUAGAGAUAGGGAUGUAUUGACAUUGAUCGAUGAGGAUGCUUUUGAAUUGGAUUGGCCAAGAUGGAAGAAGCUCUCUAGCAAAAUAAACACUGGUAAAGAUGAACAACUGAACCGAAGUUCAUCUUCAAUUGUUACAGACUUUUCUGUGAGAGAGACUAGAGAUAGGGGUGUAUUGACAUUGAUUGACGAGGAUGCUACCGAAUUGGAUUGGCCAGGAUGGAAGAAGCUCUCUAGCAAAAUAAACACUGGUAAAGAUAAACAACUGAACCGAAGUUCAUCCAUCUCUCGGGAAAUUGAGAUUGUAGAUUUGUCGUCUCCAUCUCUAGAAUGCAGAAUUAGGCCAGACAGCAAGAAGAGGAGAGUUUCUCCUACGUAUCCUGUAAUUAUUGACUUGACUUAGCCCGAGUUUGUCCAAUUACCUAGUGUUGGACAUAAUAGCAAAAAUAAAGAAAUAAGUACACAGUUUGAUUCUGCAGAA